GAAAUACAGAGAUUAAUGAAGAUUUAAGCUAUAUAGCAAACAAAGAAACUAGUGAAUCUAAAAAUAGAUUUAUAAAGGAUGAUUCUAUCUACAAGCUUUUUCAAUGUGUCUUUGUAAAUGAUUCUUGA